UAAAUUUAAAUAAUAACACAACGCUGUUCCAACACUUCCAACUUCAUCACUCUGCCGUAAAUACUAAAUAAGUGUGUCAAGUGUGAUCAUUAAACUGAAUAUUCGUUUUAGCCUGUAAAAGUGUAAAAUACAUCGCCGAUCACUACAACGAUUUUAAACUGCACUCCCGUCAAUUAUUAGUGAAUUUGAACGUGGUGACUACUUGUGAUUUUUUUCCGAAAUACUGAACAAAUUGCAUAUAUGUGCAAGGUCAAGUGCGCUCUCACGAUAGUUCUUUUAUAAUAUUAUAUUCGUAAUCCUACGGAUAAUUGCUAAGUUUGUACCGAAUAUGGUUAAGGAACAAAAAAUCAAGAAAUUUGAAUACAAACGUCGUUUGAAGGAAUUAAAGCAAACAUUGAAACCGUACCAAAACAGCCAAACUGUUAAUCUUUUGCGGCUGAAUACUAGGUCAUGUGGUGCGCGUCUGGACAACUAUUGGGAAAGCCUGGAAUUCACAGGAAACGUAGCUUGUCAUUUAGUCGAAAAGCGCAUUCAAGAUGUUCUCAAUAGGAUUCUUGAGUAUGGAGAGUAUGAUAAACCUAAGACACAAGUGGAUGUUAUCAACAAACUUAAACGCCUUCACAUUGUAAGAUACAGAAAUAAUGAAUCAAAAGUAAACAUGCUCAACAGUAUAAGACACAUCAACGAUAAUUCAAGAGUGAACACGUUCAACAAUAUGGGACUUGGUAACAUAGACUUAAUAGCAAAUGUGGUUGUCGACAGAUUGAAACAUUUAAAUAUCAACUCAAAAGCAAACACGGAUGUCGACGAAUUAAAAAAUUUAAAUAUUGACUCAAAAACAAACAUGGUUAUUGACAAAUUGGAACACUGCACGUUGGUUACCCACCAACAUUAUUACAAUAAAAUAUAGGUGUACAAACUAAGAGUAAUUGGUUAUUUAGAAAAAAGUAAAUUAUAAUGUAGUAAAAUAUGUAUUUUCUAAUAAAUGAAAUUAAUCAAUUUAUUAU